GCGGUGCUCAAGAAUGAGAGAGGAAGGCACACAUCGUCUGCUGUUGAUCAAGUUUUCCUGUUGUUUUAUACUGUGUCUGCGAUUUUGUGUCGGUGAAGGGAGAAUCCCAUGCCAGGCAAAGAGCUUUGGGUCCAGUUCCAGUGUUUGUGUGUGUAAUGCUCAGAGGUGUGAUACAGUCGAGCCAGUCGGCAACCUCCAUAAUGGACAGUUUGUGGUGUACACAUCCUCACUGGAUGGACGUAGGCUGGAAAAGACUGUAGGGACAAUACAAACACAGGAGAAUGGAAGCCUUACGCUCUCCGUGAGGGCCAAUGUGACAUAUCAGACCAUCAUUGGGUUUGGCGGGGCUGUGACUGAUGCUGCUGGUAUUAACAUCUAUAAUCUAAGUACAGCUGCCCGCCAGAACCUUUUGGCUUCCUAUUACUCCCAAGAUGGCAUAGAGUAUAAUGUUGUGCGAGUCCCCAUGGCAAGCUGUGACUUUUCAACACAUCCCUACUCCUAUGAUGACACACCAAUGGACUUCAGUCUGUCAAAGUUUGCUCUGGCUAAGGAGGAUCUCAGUUACAAGAUUCCCAUCAUCACUGAAGCGAAAAAGCUGGCAGACAAACCACUAAAGAUAUUUGGCAGUCCAUGGAGUGCUCCUUUCUGGAUGAAAACUGACCAAAACAUGACUGGUAAAGGCUCUCUCAUCGGUCAACCUGGUGGGAAAUAUUUCAAAACAUGGGCAAACUACUUUGUCAGGUUCAUACAGGAGUAUGGCAAGCACAAUAUAACCAUCUGGGGGCUUACUGGCCAGAACGAGCCUGUAGAUGGGAAAAUCAUCAAGUUCCCGUUCCAGGAUGGAUGGACGGCUGAAAUGCAGAGGGACUUUAUCGCAGAAGAUUUGGGUCCAGCACUGAAGCAGAAUGGUUAUGGCGAUGUGAAACUGAUGAUCCUGGAUGACCAGAGAGUUUUCUUACCGCGCUGGCUGAUAUUGUGACUUGUGUUAUUACAGGUAUUGGGAAACAAGACAGCUCACUCAUACGUUUCCGGUGUGGCUGUCCACUGGUACCUUGAUUUCCUUAUACCACCAAUCACGCUGCAGUACACUCAUGAGGACUUCCCUGACAAGUUCCUUUUCUCCUCUGAGGCUUGUGCUGGGUCCUUCCCCUGGGAAAAGAAGGUGGUGCUGGGUAGCUGGGAGAGAGCCGAGUCAUAUGCCCAUGACAUCAUUGGGGUGUUGAAUCACUGGGUUAGUGGCUGGACAGACUGGAACAUCGCCCUGAACAUGGAAGGAGGUCCUAACUGGGUGAAGAACUUUGUGGACAGCCCAGUCAUAGUGAAUGCAGCUCAUGAUGAGUUUUAUAAACAACCCAUGUUUUAUAUCAUGGGACACUUCAGCAAGUUUGUGUUGCCAGGGUCUAAGAGAAUUGAAGUGACGGCUAAUGCUGCUACAGAUCUGGAGUUUGUGGGAGUCAUUAUUCCUGGUCGCUCCAUCGCUUUAGUUGUGCUCAACAGACAAAAAGCAGAUGUUCCCUUCAGCGUUUACCAGCCAGGAGUAGGUUACAUAAAUACUGUCUUAUCUGCACGGUCAAUCAAGACAUUCCUGUGGAAUCCCAACUGAUGCAAGCUGUGAUUCUCAUGUAUAAAUGAUAUUAAUUUAGGAAGUUUUUUUUUUCGAAUAUUGCUAUUGCCAAUUUCUUGUUUUUUUGGCCAUGAAAUUUGUAGAUUUCAUUUCCCAGUAUCCAGUAAGAAGAUUACAUUUUUGUUUUAGAUUUCAUUAAUUGAUUAUUUAUGUUCUUUGUAUGUAAGAUUGUUAAUGAAUUAUUAUGAAAAAAAAGGAAAUACUCAAGCAGAGACUGUUAUAUUGAUACUUUUGAUAAUACUAUAUUAAAACAUCAAUUUAUGCAUCUAAUAAUUAAGUUAAAAUUCAGAAUGUACGCUGGAGACUGUGGGAAUGGAUGUUGUCAGUCUUCCAGGUGAUGGAAUAAGCAUCACUACCAUAAACGCUGUCUUUUCUGGAACAGUGUAUUUUCCAACCGAUGAUUUGACUUCUCUGUUAAAAACUUUUGUAAAAGCUGCAAUGUCAGUUCAGCAAGGACAUCGUUUUAGGAGAGCAGAUUUUUAGUAACUCUGCUUAUGCUGCUGACUGUUUCUCCAAACAGGAAGUACAUUCAGUUCGAAAUAUUUUAGCCUACUGUCAGAAACAUUCCUCUGUCUAUUAUUACAAACAAAAAUACCAAAUAUCAGUGGUUUAUUAGGGAUGCCAAAAGCCUGUGGGAAUGAGAAGACGGCACCUCACGGGACAAUGCUUAAAAUUAUUUAAAUCUUGUGAUAUAAUUUUUCUCUAAAUUUAUUACAACUGAAGAAUUUAAAUUUUGCUCUUUCAUAUUUCUAGCAUGCAAGGAAUGCUUUUUUCUGUUUUCUGUUACAAAAUGCAUGAGGUAAAAUAAUUAAAAGGCCAUGUUCAAGUCGAGGUGCUUAAACGUCCGUGGUAACUAGGUCAGCACAGCUGUAAUAUUAGACGCCACCACUACAAAACUGAAGAAUAAUAUCCAGCGACUGUUGAGUGAGAAGUGGUUCAGUGGUACUUAGAUUUAUUUCCAUUUCUUUCAGAAUUUAGCAUGAAUAUAGUUGUACAACAAUCCUGUUGUAAAUUUUGUAAACAUUUUAAUAGGGCUCAAAAUCACCAGCAAACUCUUCCGGAGGCUGUGACCAGAACCAGGAAUAUCCCGGCCGUCCACCUGCAGGCUAUUUAAACAGAGUUGUUGGAGUUCCUUGCGAAUAAUAAAGUAGGCCUACUGUAUCAACAGUUCAAGCAGUGGAAGAAAUAUUCUUCCCGUGUUCCCAGUUUCCGAGAAAACAAUAUUUAUCAUUGCGGCCUUCAUUGCGGAAGUCCACAACUUUUACCGGCCAUAUGCUACUGUUUAGACUAUUAUACGGAAAAUACCCUCAACGUUAGAGAGCUAGAGUAAAAGUGACAUCACCUCGUUCUCGAUAAUGGAGAUGUGCUGAAAUUGUUUCAAGACGAAGUUUCAUUAAACUUUUAUUGUGUUGAAAAAAUCUAAAAACAUAUACUAGUAUAAUGCCGGUUUAAGUUACCUGUUAGUUACCUGUUUCAACCAAUGGGAGCUAAGUGAUUUUAUUAAAGGACUAUAUACUAGCCUGAAAUACUCAGUAAAAGGUUUCUGACACAUGUAAUUAGAUGCCUGAAUACAUUUUGUCUAUCAUAUAUUAAAUUAGUAACGCAAUCUGGGUAUACACCAGAAUUUUAAUCCAUCUGUACAAGUACAUGUAGCUAGUACUUUGUUAGUAAACAUUGUUCAUAAGACCGAUGCCUAUUCAAAACUAUGAUGAAUUCUCUACACAAAAUCAUGUCUGUACAGUCCUGUAAUAAACUUGUGCCAAAUUAAGUUUUGAUUUCCUGGUUAUCUUAUGCCUGAGCUAUGAUCUUAUACUUAUCUUGUGUCCGUGUUGCAUUUUGAUGAUGUCUACACUUGCAUACUUCAUGUGAUUCACAAUAAGCAUUUGCCAUCAUUGCACUACAGUGUCUGGUAGCAAUAAGCUGUCAACAGUGGUCUCUUGUGUAGGCUUACAUAAAAUUUACUAGAACCACCUGUCUCUUCACCUUGAAAACUGGUUACCAAUGCACAGUGGAAUGUGAAUGAAAGUUUAAUAUCAGUUUUAUAUGGCUAAAUUGUUGAAUUUAUCCAGCAAAAAAAACAAACUUAUCAUGUAUUUUUCUGCUCAAUAUUAUAGGAUCUAUCAGUUUUGUAUGGCUGAAAGCCAUGUUGAAUUUACCUAGCAAAAAAAGAAGCUUUUGAUUUUUUUUCUGCGGAAUAUAACUAGUUUCAUAAUAGUUUACCUC